GAAACAUAGAUAUGGAUCUAACAUGAAAUGGUAUCACAGACAAUGGGAACAGGAGAAUACUACCGACAACUUUUUCAGAUGGCUAGAUUCGGGAGGCGGCAAGAAUCUUUCCCUGCGCGAGUGUCCGCGAGAGCGAUUAGAAAAUGAGCGCAUCGUUUACCUAUCUGCAGAGCAACGUAAGAUCAGUUUGAUCCCCGGAUAACACAACAUGCAACGUUUCACUUAUAGGUUCAAAUUAUCUUGUCAACGUCGACAAGGAAGGAAAGCUUCACUGGGCUCGGAAUGGUGUGUUGGUAGAUACAACUGACAAUCGGUGGAAAGACCAAGGUCAAGGUCAAGGCAUCGUUCCCGAAGGUGUAUCCAAGAACCCAGCAACACCUCGGCGCGACGGUUUUGAUAAAGUCUCGUCACUCUCUAAGGAUCAAAUGCCAACGCACUAU